AUGGAUGAAAUGCUGCUGAGACGUUACAAGAUAUUCCAGCAGAGGCAUCCUUACCGUCCGCAUUACAAGGAUAUGAGAACAUUGGGGGCGGAACAAUGGAAGGCACAAUUCCAAGUACAGCUCUUCAAGAACAGUUCUCUGAAGGAACAACAAUUUACAAGCUUGGCGCUUACCAGAAUGCCCGCCAUUGUGACGUUUUGGGGAAAAUUAGCAGAUUCCCUUGAUGCAGACAAGCUACAACGGUGGUCUGCUCAAGAACCCAUUAUAGUUCUAUUUGUUGGCAUGCCAGUACAUGAAUUUAAUGAAACUUGGCCUUCAAGUCCUGUCUGCCAUAUUGCGAUGGAACGGCAGUAUAAUAUACAAAACUUUGACGAGGCUCAUCUGCUUCAAAAUUUCACAAUAAGGUGUAUGUUCUAUAACCUCUACGCUUUAGCUGGAAAUGGUAACUUGAUUGAACUCGAUCAGUUUCCAAUCAAGACAAUUUGCAACUUUGGUGUUGUCACAUUGGAGUCCGUGCUGAGCAGCAAUGGGAGACUGUCGUUGAUGCCCAACCAAUGA